AUGGAAGAUCAAGUAACGAGAUUGACGGAGAAGGUUUGGGAAAGUUUCCAACAUACAGCUCCUAACAGUAGAUAUCUCGUCGCAGUUUCUGGGAUUCCCGGUUCAGGCAAAACCACCCUCGCAGCAACUGUUACCAAACGUCUCAAUGCUCUCCAAGAUGCCCACUCAAACAAGACUUCCCUCCCUCCAAUCGCUGGGUUUAUCCCCAUGGACGGCUACCAUCUAACCCGCGCCCAACUAUCAGCCAUGCCCGACCCAGCACAUGCACACGCACGUCGAGGCGCAGAGUUUACAUUCGACGGCCCCGCGUUCCUCUCUCUUAUCCAACGUCUUCGCGAACCACUAACUCCAUCUACCAUCACAAUCCACGCUCCAUCAUUCGAUCAUGCGCUCAAGGACCCCAAGGCUAAUGACAUACCAAUUGAACCCACGACCCGGAUAUUAGUUUUUGAGGGCAAUUAUUUAUCGUUGAAUAAGGAACCGUGGAGGAGCGCUGCGAAAUUGAUGGAUCAGCUUUGGUUUGUGGAUGUGGAUUUUGAGGUUGCGAAGAAGAGGUUGAUUCCGAGACAUGUAAAGGCGGGCAUUGCGGAGAAUGAGGAGGAUGCGGAGAAGAGAGUCGUGGAGAAUGAUUUGGUUAAUGGAGAGGAGAUUGUCAAGGGGAGGAUGGAGGUUGAUGAGAUUAUUGUUAGUACGAAUGAUGUUGCUUGGAAGUAG